AGUAUGCAGAUGGAAUCCAAUUUCCUGCAACAUUUAAAUUUCACCGGUUUAGUAAUUAUGAGUGGUUUCAUUGUGAGGCAUGCUAAGAAUCUCGUCAUUUGUUUUAUUUGUCAAGCAAAAUCAAAAAUGUGCACAAAAUCAAACUGCCGCUGCCCUUAGCUAUAUCAUGUCUCCAGAUAACAUCCAAAUAAUUAUCGGGUUUUUUAUUUUAUUUUACCUGCAAAAAAUCAUUGCCAUUUCUCUCUCACUCACUCAUGACCUUUCUAUCUCUGCUGCUUAAAUUACAUUACACGAAAGAGAUCCGAAUAAAAACAGACAGGGUUCAGCUCAAGUUAAUGUUAAAAGAGAAGUGAACGAAAUGGCAAAUACUCUAUCCAUGGCAGGAGUUAACCAUUCAAUCAUUUACAAAAGCACACCCAUCUCUUCUUCUUCUUCUUCUUCUUCAUCUCAAGCUUCACCAAACAAGUUUCAAUUCAACAAAAAUCAAUGGAUGGGUUCAUCAAAUUUCUCCUUCUUAAGAAGAACUAGUACCACCACCACCACAUUAGUUCAUGCUGGUUUUUCCAAGGCAGAUGAUUCUGCCCCUUCUGGGAUGUCUCUUGAAGACGCUUUGAAACUUCUAGGGGUCUCUGAAGGUGCUUCAUUUGAUGAAAUACUUCGUGCCAAGAAUUCAAUUCUAUCCACUUGUAAAGAUGACCAAGACGCUAUCGCCCAGGUAGAGGCUGCAUAUGAUAUGUUGCUUAUGCAGAGCUUAACGCAGCGUCGAGCUGGGAAAGUUUUAAGUAAUAGCAUUCGUUAUGCUGAUGCAAAGCCUGUUAAAACUGUAUCAAGGAAUAGUUCAAUGCCUCAGUGGUUGCAGUCUAGGGUAAUGAAUUCGCCUGUUUCAGUUGAAACACCAACUAUGAAUGAGUUGGGGGUUCAAGCAGGAGUCUAUGGAACUUUGAUGGCCCUGCAAUAUUUCAAUGGAAUCUCAACAUCUAACACACCAGGGUCUACUGCGGCUGAUGUUCCUGGACUAAUUUUAGCUGGCAGCUUUGGAGCUUCAUUAUAUUUCUUGACAAAGAAGAACUCUAAGCUUGGAAAGGCAACGCUGAUUACCAUCGGGGGACUUGUUGUGGGUGCAGUCGCUGGGUCGGCAAUUGAGAACUUUUUGCAAGUGGACAUAAUACCGUUUAUCGGCAUACGUUCUCCUGCUGUAAUUGUAAGCGAAAUCAUAGUGUUCUCUCAAUUUCUAGUUUCCCUUUAUUUAAGUUAGGUUCAAAUGAACACCUAUCAUAAUAACAUCAAUUCUGAAGCUGUAAUUAUUACUGUAACUGCUUGUUGGUGUAUUCUUUGUUUAGUCAUCAAGUGUAUAUGAAAGAAAUGUAUUAACCUAAAGAUUUAGCUUCAAAGAUGACAAAUGCAUACU